AAGCUUCUUGUCAAGAGCAGCAGGAUAAAAGAAGAGGUAUCAAAAAUAGGUUUAGAGUUCAAGUAAAAAACAAUGAAAAGUAUAUCAUAAUUCCAUACUGAAACAACAGUGAAUUUAUCUAAUCUUGUUUGGAACACCAUACUUUGUUGCCUGUUAAUGAGAUAUGGUUGUAAGAGCCAUAGAAAAUGUUUCAUACAGGGCAAAGUUUCCCAAUAAUGUUAUUUUAUAUAUUACGUCUCCAUUAAUAUCACUUGAUAGAUUAAGAUGCCAAUAAUAUAUUCUUUAGAAGAUUAUGAAUAAGUCCAAGCAAUAUUGGAGGGAUCCUACUGAUCUACAGGCUGAGAACUCGGGCAUCAGUCUUCCACAACCCUAUAAAGUGGAUACCUUUCAGGUUUGGCAUAACCACUUGCAUCAUUUUCUUGAAGUUAAUCUCUGCAAGAGGAAUAAUGAUUGAACUAGCUUAAAGUCAAAGCUUCAGGAAAAGAACGGUUCAAGCUUGUCACAAACAGAUUCCUUCUCUUGAUUACUAAGUGAAAUGGCUGACAUCAAUCAGAUCACUUUACAGAAAGCAGCAUUACCAUGCUCCAAAGAAAGGAAUCUGUCAGCCAUGUAAGUUCCAAAGCUGGAGUGGAGACACCCAUCUGCAUCCUCUCCCAAGAACCACAACUCCUCAUUCUGCAACUGAAGUCCAAUGGCUUUGGUGGAGCUGAAGGUCGGCAUGCACUGUGAGGAGUGCAUCAAAGCAAUCAAGAAGGCCAUCAAGAAAAUUGAGGAUGUUGAGACAUACAGGCUUGACGCAGAGCUGAACAAGAUCACUGUGACUGGAAAUGUUACAUCAGAAGAAGUCAUCAGGGUUCUGCAAAAGAUUGGAAAGAGUGCCACUUCUUGGAGUGAAGAAUAAGAAAUGAAGCUCCUGGCAGUAACAAGAUGCCUGUAUCUAAUCACAACACUCACCUAAUAAAUGGAAACUCCCUGCUUUCAUGUUCUACCUGUUUAAAUUCUUAAAUCUUGUGACUUAGCAACACCAAUUAGCUUAUGCAAAUUAAUUGCGUCCAUCAGUGAAAGUACUGACUUUUUGUUGGGACUAUAGAAUUUGUGAUUUCUGUGUGGCUCCACAAGUGACAUCUGAAAUAAAUUUCUCUAUGAUUGUUUUUUGUU